ACCCGCCGCCUCGUCACUCGCGCUCGCGCGCUCUUUUUCCCUCAGCGGCUAGUCCGCCGCCAUGUUGCUUUGGGCCCUGGCUGCUCCCGCCCGCCCCUAGUCUCUCGCCGCCCGCCCCUCGCCCUCGCGCUGGCCGGGCCCCGGCGGGAGGCGGAUAAAGAGAACCGCAGCCGGGGCGGGGGGCGGCCGGGGCGGGUAGAGACGCUGAGGGAGCCGCCGCCGUUGCUCCUCUCGCCGCCCGCGCCAUGUCCGGCAAGGAGGGGACUCGGGUUGCGCUGGCGACGCCUCACGGUACCUGUGAGCGGGCCGUCAAGGGUGAGUGACAGGCCCGGCCAGGCCCGGCCGCCUCGCUAGGCCCGCCUCCUGGGGCUGGGCUGGGCGAUCCCGCGCCUCGCCCGUCAGUUCCCCUCGCUCCGCGUGUGUAUGUGGGGAGUUCAUACGUGCUGUGGGUGCGGGCCUGAGAGGCGGUUGCAGGCGCCGCUCGCGUCCUCUUCGUGCCCGCUUCCUCACCCGAGGGAGGGAAGAGCGCAUUGGCUGCUUGUUUGUGUGGCGCCUGCCUGCGAGCGUGGUUGUGUGGUGGAUGUCCAUCGGGAUGCCGGGGGGGGGGGAUUUUUCUGUGGUGUUGUAGUUGUUUCCUUUAUGCAGCGAAGGUGCGGGCUGGGUUUUGUUUGGUAGCCCUCCGAACAACCCUCUUGAGUUGGGCUGAGAGAGUUUGUGGGGUUGCCUCCCCCCACCUGAAAUUUGAGCGGGGAUUGCUUAUUUGAAUCCUGGGUUUUCGGGUUAGUUUUUUUUCCCCCCAAGGCAGGGAGACAAAAAGGGGUGAGAUGGAAGGGAAAUACAUUGAGGGUUCCAGCUGGUAUAGCACAGCUGUUCUCUGUCGAGGGCAAUGUAUGUAAAAUGUAUUACCAUCAUUAUGUAUUUUAUUUAUACCCUGUCUUCCCCCCCCCCCCCAUGAGCACUCAAGGCAGCUUACAGAUAAAAAGAACUGCUAGGAACGUGAUUAAUAUUAUUAUUGAAAAGCUUUGUCAAGGGCAGUAUAGUAGAAUGAAAUAUUGGUAUCAAUAUAUUUAUACCCCAACUUUCCCCUUGAUUGGGACUCAUGAUAGCUUACAGAUAAAAACACAAACUGCUAAAAACAUCAUUUAAGCUAAAUAGGAAUAAAACUAAAUUAUUAGUUAAAAACAUGAAGGAAGAAGAAAGAACCGAAUUAGAACAAAACAUUGAGAUUGAAGUCCAUAAAAAGGUUAAAUAUUUAGGGGUUUGGUUAACAUCAAGAAAUAUAAACCUGUUUAAAAAUAACUAUGAAAAAAAUUGGCUUGAGGUAAAAAGAAAUUUAGAAAUAUGGAGCAGAAUGAAUCUCUCAAUGUUAGGAAAAAUAUCAGUGAUUAAAAUGAAUGUGUUGCCAAAAAUGCUAUUUCUUUUUCAAUCAAUACCAGUCAUCCUGAAAGAUGAAUGCUUUAAAAAAUGGCAGAAAGAGAUUUUAAGAUUUAUCUGUGGGGGCAAGAGGCCUAGGAUAAAACAUAAAAUACUUACAGAUGUAAAAGAUAGAGGCGGGUUUGCCCUCCCAGACCUUAAAUUGUAUUACGAAUCUGCUUGUUUGGUAUGGAUCAGGGACUGGAUGAGAUUGGACAAGCAAGAGGCAUUAGAACUAGAAGGACAUGACAACAGAUUUGGUUGGCAUGCAUACUUAUGGUACGGGAAAGGGAAGAUUCAUAGAAGCUUUUACAACCAUAUAAUCAGGAAAUCAUUAAUGAGAGUAUGGGAGAGAUAUAAAGACUUAUUGGAACAAAAGACUCCGUGGUGGCUUUCACCACAUGAAGCAUUACUGCUCAAACCACUUGGAAAGAAAGGGAAAUGGCUCAUCAUCAUCUUAAUACAGAGUGAUUUACAAUAUAAAAACAAAAAAAUAAUAAUACAUAACAUAGUAUCAAACAAAAAACACUGUUCCCUCCCAGACUUUUUAAUUAGCCAAAGGCCUGGGAGAAGAUCAUUUUUUGCCUCCCACAGGGGCCACAACAGAAAAGACCUUUUGUUGUCACCCUCCCAACCUCUCAUGUCUCAUGGAAGGGGGCACACGAAGGAGUUCAGGUGCUGAUCACAGGGUCCAGGUUGGUUCAUAUGGGGAGAGAUGGUAAUGUAGAAAAAACAUACAGUUAAACAUUAACAGAAUUCAAACUAUAUAUAUAUAUAUAUAUAUAUAUAUAUAUUGAUAAUUACAAUAAAAACAGCGUGGCACCAGUCUUUUCAUUAAAUGCCGUACGGUCACCAAAUGAAUGAGUUGGAUUAUGUAGAAGGAGACACUCAGUAUUCAUUGCCAUAUAAAUCAGCAACAACCCGUUAAACUUGGCCUGGUAGUUCAGUUGAGCACAUGUGUGUUAUGUGCACAGUAGAAUGUACCACUGAGCAUCCUAACCACUGUGUUUUGCACUAGCUGCAGAUUCUGAAUAAACUGUAAGGACAGCCCUACAUAUAAUGCAGCUUGGUGAUUCAGCAAUAUAAAAUAGCAGAAGUACUGUAAAUAAUAAAAUAAAAUAAAUAAUUCACUCUGGAGGCUACUGUAUCUAAACUGUCUCUGUUCAGGAAAGGGUUCACCAGCCGAAAAUUGGGUGUGUUUUGGUGGUAGAGAGUCGAGACACAUUACAUUCAUUCUACACCAAGUGGACUGGUUGACACUGUGCUUCCAGAUCCAGUUUCCUGUCCUGAUGUUUUUAAACUUUUAUGUAUUGCCUUUAUGCCUAUGAAUCUAUCUGUGGCUUAAAACUGGAUUUGCAGCCUUGCUCCUUUCAUACCAUCAGCUUCCAUCAACAACUUGGCCGCCAAAUUUUGCAUGAGCUGCAGAUUUUGAACUGCCUUUAAAGGCAGCCAAUGCACUGCAGUAGUCCAAACUAGGGUUACCAGUGCACAGGCAACAGAAGUCAGGCUGCCCCUGUCCAGAUAUGGCUGCAGCUGGCCACCAGUUGAAGGCUCAUGCAACAUAAUGGAUCCAGAAGGUACCCCCAAGCUAUGCACUCACUCCUUCCAAGAAGGUGUAUAGUAUUCAGCCUUGAUUAUUGUAAAUCUUAGAUCUAUUUCAACAACAUCAUAUUGAAAUCAGAAAUACUAUGUCUGAUCUUGCUCUAAAUGUAGUUUUGUCAUCCUAAAAUCAAUUGAUGAGAAAUCUAGCAUAACAUAAUUUGUUUACAAUUCCUGAAACAUGAGUUUUUGGCAUGGUUUAGGAGUGGCUCUGGGAGAGAGCAGAGCUCUUUGCCUUGAAUGGCUGUUUAGCAGUUGGAAAUCUAACAAUCUGACAGACAUUUUAUGUGUAAUCUCUUAUUUGUUUUUUUCUGUGAGUCAGUGGCCCUUAAAAAAAAAAAUUCAGAGAUUUCCCACCCCUGCCUUAUACUUAUCAUAGAAAAAAGACCCAGACAUGGAGUAGUCUCCUAACCUGGUUACCAUCUUCCCCACUAUGGGGAGAGCUAAUUUACCUAUAAAUUAGUAUAUGCAAAUUUGUAUCCUCUUUUGGGAGGGGCAAUACAUAUAUAGUGUACUGGGCCCAAAGAACUCGGCACACUGAUCCCUCUUGUGUGCCCAGAAACCUGCCCUCUCAGACGUGGGCAGGACAGCAGGAUCAGACCUUUGUUCACAUUGCUGAGGAAACAGCUCUCCUUGUGGGAGGAUUCUCUAGCCACCACCUUCAGGAGUGUGCUGUCCAAGGUCCUGAUAGCCCCUACCUUACCUGUUGUGACCCUGCCUUGCUUUGCCUGCUGUGACUCAGACUAACUGGUAAGUGCCUCUGCAGCCGUAUGCUUCGCCUGAGCUUCAAGCUGGGUCAGGGCAGGACACAUGCUUUUCAUUAGACAAAGUGGUCCAGGCAGCUGCUGCUGUGGGACUACUUUUCUUGGCUGCUUACAGCAACUUUCUGCCUUUACUGAACCCAUUCCCAACUUAACAUUUUAUUUUUUUAAUGUUAACAGUGCCAUCCUACAAAUUUGUAUUCAAAAGUCUCAGUAUGUUCAGUGGUGCAUCCUCCAGUGUCAUAGGAGGCAUAUAAUAAAGCAAAACAUAAAAUAAAAAUGACCCCUCACAGCAUCUAAACCUAUUAUAAAGUAAGCCUUGUAAAUGCAAACAUAUUCAUUAUUGCUUUGUUACAGUAAAGCUAAACUUGAUUGAGUGGGAGCUUCUUUUCUAUUAUUUUGGUAUUUGCAUUUGAUGGAGUAAAGUGUAGUCCACAAAAGGUUAUGUCUUUAAGAUGCCACAAGACUUUGUUGUGCUACAAAAACCUAGCAUAGAUAUCCCUCUGGAAAUAACAGAUAAUGAAUCUUAUAAUGUAUAAAUUAUCAUUGAAUAAAAUCUGUGUGGUCUUCUGUAAGCUGAGUCAAUGUUUUGAACCAGAUACCAUUUUUAAAAUGAAAUAAUUAAAUUUGGGUUCAAACCCCCUGUAAUGAAGGAAUCUCCGCUAGAUAAUACAUUACAGAUAGCCAUCCACCCUCUGCUUUAAAGCCUUCACAGAAUCGUGGAAUUGUAGAGUUGGAUAGAUAUUGGCAUUGAUUCUUUUUCCAUAACACCCAGCAGGAUUUAAUUGGGAACAAAGGGGACUGAAUAAAUUCCCAGUAACAGGGCAAUCUGAGCCUUCAGUCUGCUUUACUGGAUGGGGUUUGGGGGUGGCCCUCUGCUGAGCCCUGCUUGGAUCUACCAACAAAGAGCAAAUACCCAAAUGGGGAAAAGUUGCUACCAGCACCACUGGCAUUAAUUCCCACCCCAUGUCUUCCCUUUUCACCUAGGGAGAUUAAGCCCUUCCUCAUUUAGUGUUGAGUGCGGCAGCCAGCACACCUGCCAUUUACCACUUGACUGGGACUAUCCCAGUCAGUUGGAUAAAUAUAAGUUAAAACAAUCUCCUUUAAGGAACAAAACAAGUCCAAAAGGGGGUGGCUGCCCUUGUGGCAUUCUCCUUUGGUGUCAUCCCUUUGGAUGGCACUGGCCUGGCCUGUCACAUUGCAGCAUGUUGCUUUUAUGGGCAGGAAAUUAUGCCAGAGUUAAUUUUUACCGUCAUAUCUCCAUUUGGUAAUGCCAUAACCAUGGAGCUUCACAGAUGGAUGAGGACUUUUAGGAGUUGAGGAGAGGUGAUGAUAAUAUGCGUCCCCUGCCCCUUUCCUCCACACUGUCCAGCACAAACACAGAAAAAAAGCAGAGUUUGUGACUUUCUACACCAAACCAUAGCUUGCUCUAACCACAGCUUGGAACCCAAACAGUGUCCUGAGCUUCCCAAAGUAGCUGGUUUAUAAUUGCUUUUCUGUUUCCAGUUUCAUUGUCAGAUUUUUUUGUUUACUCCAGUCCUUAUGGUGAAUCAGCCUGUGGAGCUAGAUUAUAAUUAUGGCUUUGUUUAACUGAAUUCAGACAGCUCCUCAAACUGCUUAAUGAACUUUAGUUUGGCAUUAUAUAUGAACUGAACCAUACUCUUGUGCUCUAGACCAAAAAGGGAACUGGGAAAGGAACGUACAAAUAGGCCCCAGCUUGGUUUUCUAAGUUGCUGCAGUCACAAGGUGUAGGGAAUAUGUUUAUUUCAAACCUCAAUGGUAUCCUAAAGCACACUCUUUUAUUUCUCUAAUAAUAGUGCCUGCCACUUUUCCUGUGUGGAAUACUAAAUCAAUGCACAUGCAUUUCUGAAACUGAAUGGCCUUGCCCUCACUGCCAAGGAAACUAUAUUUUUGUGUGCUUUGUGCACACCCUAUAAUGUAUUCCAUCCCCACACAUUCAGCCCCCUCAUUUUCCUAGUAUACAUACAUAAAUAACCAAGCCAACUGUUUCUUCCUUCCUUUUUUAAAAAGUCACUUUUUUGUCUGUCUUAGAUCAAAAUGGUGCUCAGAGCUUUUUCAAGUCAUUGAUUGUAAGUAAUAUUUGCGGUAUUUCAUUUUCAGCUGUCCCUUUUCCGCCAACACACCGAUUAACAUCAGAAGAAGUGUUUGAUGCAGCUGGAAAACCUCGGGUUGAUAUUUUGAAAAACCACCUAAUAAAAGAAGGUCGGGUAGAUGAAGAAAUUGCACUAAGAAUCAUCAAUGAUGGUGCUGCAAUUUUAAGAAGAGAGAAAACCAUGAUAGAAGUUGAAGCUCCUAUUACAGGUGCAAGCUCUGGCUAACUGUUGCCACUUUUAAUGUCAUAAAUGCAUGGAAUGAGGUUUCAGUACCUUUGGAAGUAAAAUAAUUUAGGUAGAAAGAUUGAAGGUGUAGAAUUUUCGCAUGAAUGGUAAAGAAAAGAAAGGGAUUAUAUGAGCUUUGAAAUAUACUGGGGUAGUGAUGUCAUUGAUAAGCCUUGAGACCUGUCCUCCCACUUUUUCUUCCUCACGUGGUACAAUUGCAAGGAGGUGAUUUUAUGCUUUCAGUUGACUACAGUUUAACAUUACAUCAGAACAUAAACCAUCUAGUACUAGCUAUGAUUUGCGGCCAGGUGGGAGGAAUAUUCAUAAUCUCUGGUUGGAAGUUGACUUGUUUCAAACAAACCAUAGUUAAUAUUAACCGUAGUUUGUUGGGUUCAGAUGCAAUGAAAAGCUGCAGUUAAAAUGGCAUUGUAUCUAAUCUCCUUGCUGGUGUGCCAAAGGAGAGAGCAGAGGGUGAGUGUGCAAGUCUCAGACUUGUCUCAUAUCAUUCUUGUCAUUAUACAAAUCAUGAUUUAUUGUGAUGUUUGAACCAGCUCACUGUACCUUGGAUGAAGCUUUGCUUUUCAGCUUGCUAAAAAAAAUACAAUUUAAUGGUCCACUGGAAACUAGAACAAGUCUUUCUGAAAUUUUAUAUUUGCUUAAUAAUUUUAGUAGUGAUAUAAUUUACACUUCUGAAAUUGAAUACAUUUAAAUUUUAUCUAAGGCUUGAUUUGGUUGUUUAUAAGUUUGGCUAUGUGUCAAGUUUUGCUUUUUAUAGCUUAUAUUUUUGGGGAGGCAGGAUUAAAUACUUUAAAUUAUGACAUAAAGGUUGUAUUUCCUAAUUUUAGAGUUUUAGUAUUUCCCAAAAUACAUUGGACUUCAUAGAAUAAAUAACAUAUUUAUGCACCCUUAUAUUGUCAUGCUUUUAGACUUCUGCAUCAUUUGCUUUUGCUACACAUAAAAUACCCAUCACUUUAUGUGCAAAGAUGAUGGUGCCUUGUGACUAGGAAUGCACAAGUAUUGCUGCUUCUUAUCUGAAAGAGACCAAGCCUUUGUGAACCUUCCAAAUGUAUGCUUCCCUUCCUUUGUGAAUGUUCACUAAGUCUUGAAUUUUUGUUUAGUGUUUCAUUAGUGAGUGACUACAAAGCAUCCUCUGCUGCUGCUGUCUUUCCCAUUUCUGCUCUAAGGUUCAGUAACUUACCUUGGAGCAGGACGGGGAAAAGUGGCAGAGAUGUCUUGUAAUCCCCAAAGGUAAAGGGACCCCUGACCAUUAGGUCCAGUUGUAGCCGACUCUGGGCUUGCAGCGCUCAUCUCGCUUUAUUGGCCAAGGGAGACUGCGUACAGCUUCCGGGUCAUGUGGCCAGCAUGACUAAGCCGCUUCUGGCGAACCAGAGCAGCGCACGGAAACGCCGUUUACCUUCCUGCCGGAGCGGUACCUAUUUAUCUACUUGCACUUUGAUGUGCUUUCGAACUGUUAGGUUGGCAGGAGCAGGGACUGAGCAAUGGGAGCUCACCCCGUUGUGGGGAUUCGAACCACCGACCUUCUGAUUGGCAGGUCCUAGGCUCUGUGGUUUAACCCACAGCGCCACCUGCAUGCCUUGUACUCCCCUAGCCCCAGAGAAAUGACUUUUCUUGAUGAGGAUUGAGAUUACUAGUGGGAAACUGAUGGAUGUGCAUCAUUUCUGCCUGGGAAGAAGGCCCUCGGACACUGCUGGGACAUGGACACUGCCUACCACCUCUCCAACCUUACUUUGGGUUCUGAACUGAACAGAGAGAUCUUGGGGCAGGGAAGGGGAGACGGUACUCGCAGGAUAAAUAUGAUCAUCCACCCUGCAUGCAGCAAACCUUCUCCCAGGCAGAAAUGAUGUGCAUAGCAUCACUUUCCUUAUGGGGAUUUUGGAACUGAUAGUUAAGAGUUUGCCAGGAAAAGCCACUCUACCAGGGCUUUCAUCAUCUCUCCCCCCCUCCCCCCGCAAUCCUUCCCCCCCAAGAUUAGUUACUGGUCUUUGGGGCAAGGAAAGGGGGAACACUUGCUGGUGCUCACUGAGUCAAAGCAAGGACAGACUGCACUUUUAGCAGGCUGUGAACACGGCUGUGCACACAAGCAUUCAGGCUGGGAUGCUAUUCACUGUUGCAAGUGCUCCUAGCAUCUUGAAGAUUCAAUGGGCAUGAUUUUUCAUAGACCAGAGGUUAAUUAAUUAAUUAGAUGGUAGAUUAAUUUGGAAAGCUGGUAGAUACAUAGGCAGUGGAGGUUGAAUCCUAAAUAAUAGAGUUCAUUAGCAAAUUUGACAGUGUUUAUUUCCUUUUAAAUUAAGACUAUGUUUGUAUAUUUCAGAAUAUAGCUUUAUUCUUGAACACCUAGAACUGGUAGGUAUUAGUAAUCUACUGAUUACUGCAAGAUGAUAAUAGUUUAAAAAAAUAUUGAAGAAUUGGCAGGUGUAAUUGGUGAGUAAAAUAAAUCAUGUCAAAUGACUACAGAAAGUUGAUAUGAUUAAUGCUUUGCAGGAAAUAAAGGCUACCUUUUAAUAUUUUGGAACUGGACAGAACACUGGAAAAUCUUGCAUAAGAAAUGUUGGUUCUGAAAUGAGAUAGGUUAUUGUGCUUUAUUUUUAAUAUAAGAAUUGCUUUAAAGUUGUAGACAUGGAUAUUUGAAUAGUAUGACAUCAAAAGUGUGAAGGUUAAUUUCUUCCGCAGUUCUUUUCUGCAUUUUUAAAAUAUUGUAUUACAUAUUUAUUACUGUUCAAUUCAAGUUAAAUACUAUCGACUUAACUGAUGUUCUGACUGACCUUAUUCAUGAUUCAUUUCUUGGAAAUUAACUUUGCCCCCUGAUGCAUGUGCUACUCAGUUGACAACAGGUAGGUCUUUCCUCAGUUAGCAGCCUAAUGUUCAACUUCCCAGACAGAUAUUAAGAGUUCCUUUCUUUGAUAAAGCAGAUGGUUCUCUGCUUUCUACACAGAUGCUAGGCUUUUUAAGAGUGGUUUUAAAUCAUUUUUUACUUUGAAGUCUUUCUGUCCCUUUAUCUUUAUGAAAAAUUUCCCCUAUCCCUUAGGAGAUUGUGCUCUUUUUACUUUCAGGCUGCGACCUUUUCAGUUAAAGAGAAUCCGCUUUCUGAAUGCAUUGCAGCUGGAUUAUACUUUUGACUGGUUUCCAUAUAUAGUGUGUCAGCCUCCAUUUGUGUGUAUGUGUUUCUCUCCUCACCCCCCCAAAAAAAGUAUCUAUCUAUGUGGGAUCGUAGCCCCAGAGAACUCUGCAGCAGCAUUAGGAAAAAACUGGGAGCCAAAUACACAAUGCUUUUCUAUUAAGUAUGUUUUCCUAUCUACCACCAUUGAUGGUGGAGCUGCAUGGUGAACACCACAGGGAACAUUCAGUCAGAGUUGGUUGUGGAAUGGGAUAAAUUCCGUGGUCACUCAGAAAACAAGUCCAUAUGGGAAACUCUGUAUCACACUGCCUUGUUAAACAGAGUAAAUGCAUGAAAUGUCAUGUGCCAGAGUUGGUUGCCUACAGGACUAUAUGCCAUUGGUGUGUGAACACUUCCACCCAGUACCACGUGGUCCUGGGAGAGGUGGAAAUUACAUGCAGGAAUAGUUAACAGAAAGAAGAGGGGAUGUAAGGAUAAAGACUGAAAGGAAAAUUAGGAAAAAGAAGAAAGGUCAACAUGAGGAAGAGAUUGGAGCAAAAGUUAUGGUAAAAAAUGAAUGGAGCAAUAGCAAGUGAUAAAUUAAUGAGGAAAAAGAGGACAAGUUUGCUUGAAUACAAUUUAAGAUUCUAGUUCUGCAAUAAUCUAGAUUUGAGAAAGUUCAAAUAACUUUAGUCUUCCUUUAGGGAAGUUGGAAAUAAAAAUGUUUGAUAGCUCCUAGGGUAUGCAGACAACCUACUGAAUAGCCCUGAACAGUUUAUAUGUUCCUAACACUUGAACAUUCUUGGUGGCACCUGACACUGCAAAUAUUUUUCCCAGUCCUAUUAAUCUGAGUGUGAACAAUAGCUGAAAAACAGAUGGUGCAAGAUUGGUGCUGGGGUGGGAAGUCAUUGCUACUUAAAAUUAAUUUUAAUUGCUACUUAAAAUUAAGAUGCAAUGACUAGAUUCUUGACCUGAAAUUCUGAUUGAAUCAAGUUUAGGUGGUUUUCCCACCAGUAGAACUUCAUCAUGGUUUUUUAAUCAGCAGCAUUUUUAUUGCAGUGUGUGGUGACAUUCAUGGCCAAUUCUUUGACCUAAUGAAGCUAUUUGAAGUGGGAGGAUCACCUGCUAACACAAGAUACCUGUUCCUUGGUGACUAUGUAGACAGAGGAUAUUUUAGCAUAGAGGUAAUUGAAUGUGUGUGUCCUGAUGUUAAUAUCAACAAUGGUUUUCCCAUUUAUUUGCUAAAGUAACUGUUUCACCAUGGUAAGAUGUAUGUUUAUUCUCUCUGAAGGAGGUGAUGAUAAAACUGCUAUUAAAGAAGCUGAGUUCUAGAUUCCUCAGCUUUGGAAAAUUACUGUCCCAUUUCAGGCUUACUGUUGCUCAGCAAGGUCCUAGAGUGAGUGAAGUCUUGCCAGCAUCAGGCAGUUUGGAGGACGCCAGUUAUUUAGAACAGCUCCAUUUUUUUUUAUUUUUUCUUUGCCUGGAUUCAGGAUGGAAACUGCCUUGUUUGCCCUGGUGGGUGACUUAUCCUGAGAACAUUGAAAAUAUGACCCCACUGGUUCUUCUGGGCCUCAUGGCAGCUUCCAGUAACAUAAACCAUUAUAUUAUGUGCCUACACCCUUUAUUAGCCUUUCUUGGUUUGUAAUUUUUUCCACAAUCACAAUCUUUCACAUAUUACUACACCAUAAGGCAGUGUUUCGGUCCGCUAGAGGUUUCCAUGUGCUAAAGGACUUCUGUUCCUCCUCUUGACCACUGACCUUUGGAGUUCCUCAGGGCUCUGUUUUGCUCCCAUGCUUUUCAUCAUCUACAUGGAAUUGUUGGGAGAACUAGUGUAGAGAUUUGGGCCACAGUGUCAUCAGUAUGCAGAUGAGACACAGCUCUUCUUGUUUCUGUAAUCUAAUCUUAAGGAGUCGAUGGAAGUUCUGAGCAGGUGUCUAGAGGCAGUUCUGGGAUGGAUGAGGGCAAACCAGAUUAAGCUUAAUCCUGACAAGAUGGAAAUUUGGCAGGUUGGGAAACUGCUGAUCUGGAUGGAUGUAUGCAGUCUGUUUUAGAGAGGAUUGCACACCCCCUGGCAAAUGAGGUAGGCACUCUGGAUUUGCUUCUGGGCUUGGCACUCUUGAUGAAGUGGCCAGAACUGCUUUUCAUCAGCAUUGGCUAAUUUUCCAGCUAUCACCCUAUCUGGAGAAAGUAGCUUGCCUUAGUGGCAUGUGCACUGCUUAUGUCCAGGCUGGAUUACUGAUGUGUUCUAUGUGAGGCUACCUUUAAAGAUGGUUUGGAAACCAUAGCUGGUGCAGAAUGCAGCAGCAAGAAUGCUUAUUUGGGCCCAAGCAGCUGGAACACAUUGCACCAAUUCUGUACCAGUGGUUGCCUGUUGGUUUCAUGGCCCAACUUAAAUUUGAAGCUGCUAGGUUCCAGAUUUGAUUUGAAACCUAUAAUAGCCUCAGAACGUUUAUGUACAGCAGCUUGUUCUCUGACUUGUCAAUAAGAGAUGUUGGGUUGAUAGGUCCCUAGUACAGGGACUUUCUGGGAGUGGCACUGUCCUUCUGGAAUUUCUUAUCCCCAUCCAAGAAAUAAUUGUGGCACGCAUCACUGUCAGUUUUUAAGAGAAAUGUUAAAACAUGUUUAUUUCAAUCCACUUUUUAUUAAUUUUAUUAAUUGUGAUAAAAAUUUGCUCAGAAUUCCUUCUAGAAUGACUACCCUUGCCACAUGAUAGGCCUGAAAAAUAAGUUGUACCCCUGUUAGCUGUACGUUGCCUGCUCCUACAUUACAUCAGUAAACAAUUAGGAAACUGACUGAUAGGCAGCAAGCAUUCUAGAGUUCUGUGAAACUAGAUUCAAAGAUUCACUAGAUUAAUUGUGAACAGCUUUUUAUCUAUCUUUUUUUUUUUUUAAAGGAACUUUCUUUUCUGUGUGCUUAAUACGCCAUACCAUACAGAAUAGUGUGCUCUUGGAGCAGAGCCAUCUAGGUUGACAACUGUGUGUGCAAGGGCAUCUUAAGAUAUUUGGAUGCAUUUUUUGGAAACACUGGGCCUUUCAAAACUGAUGUGGCUGGUUUUAUAAUACUAAUGCAAGGACAUUCCACUGUGCUGCUGUACACCGGGCAUUUUGCACAGAAUUUGAUACUAUGUUCUUGCACCAACAGGAAAUAUUCAUUAGAAUGCCUCUGAAGUGUCAGGCAGUUAUUGCCAAGUAGUAAUGGAUUUUAGGUUGCCACCAUGUUUGAACUCAGGUUCAGCCACAGAGUAGAAUUACACACAAGUGUGGAUGGAAGGAUCCAUUGGGCAGUAUGUUUAACCCUUCUGCUUGUCAAUUCUCAUCUCAUCACUUCCCCAGUAGGAAUGUUUCUUGAUGGGGAGGAGGUAAAGGGGUAUCAGGGGAAAGAUGGGCUCAGUAUGCUAUUCCCACCUGCCAAUUAUUGCCUUCCAGUUCCCUUGCCUCUCAGCAGUAACAGAAUGCAAGUUGGGAAUUCUGUCUUAUUCUGUGUCAUUCCUUUCCAAAUUGCCAUAGUAAUUUUCUAAUACACUGUCCUGAGUUCCCUGAAGGAAGGGUGGUAUACAAAUGUGAUAAAUGAAGUUUAAGUGAGCAUUAUUCUAUAUGUCAGCUGGAUAUUAUGCUGUAAUACUUGAAAUGGGGCUAUCACAUAUGACUAGUACUCUUGUUUUUCAACAGUGUGUGCUAUAUUUGUGGGUUCUGAAGAUUCUGUAUCCAAGCACAUUAUUUCUUUUGAGAGGCAACCAUGAAUGCAGGCACCUCACAGAAUAUUUUACUUUUAAGCAGGAAUGUAAGUAUUAAUAACAGUGGUAAUUGUUGGCUUCCUGAAUACUUAGUUAUCAGUAGUCCCCCUUUUUUUUAAACACAUUUUUGUCUUGCUUCGUAUGUAUUUGAACGUUUUCCGGGAUCUGCUGCAACAUUGUAGUCUUGAGAUAUCUAUAACUGUACUGUGUAUGUGUUUCUUUUGUGCACUUUCCCAUGAAAAUGUUAGAAUAGGACAUAUCAGUAUGGUUAUUUCUUUAAUAAAUCUUUGUCCUUUCAGCCAAAGUGGCUGCCAGGAUAGGAUGGCAGCCUACCUUGCUAUUAGACUCACAUGGAUUUCAUUAAGUGACUUACCCCUGUAUACAAAUUGAAAUUGAUGGCUAUCCUACAGCUCUUAUCACUGUGCCAAACAGCAACAAACCCUUUGAGCUUAAGAUAACAACCAGCCAAUCAAUUAAAAAAAUUGAAGACAACAUGUAAAUACAUUUACCAAGAAAUGAAGCUAGAUCCAUAUAUCACAGGUCAGUUAGCUAACUUUAUAGAAAAGUUGCUUUACUAUAAGAGGAAGGCUGCAGAGCCUACAUACAGAUUGGGGCCUCCAGCAGAUCAGGUACGUGUGGACCAUAUAUCCACUUUUUAACUGAGCCAGGACAAUUUCCUGCCUGCAGUUCUUGGGGGUGCACCUGACCAUGAUCAGAGUAUUCCAGCAUUGGAAUUUUGUAUGGACAACCAGGCUACUAAUUAUUUUUAAUGGAAAGGUGAUUUUUAAUGUACUUAUUUGCAAAGCUGGUAUUACAUGAGCAGUAUCCUUCUUUCCCAUUCUGACAUAUCAUAUUGUUAAGACACGUGUCAGCUUAUAUUCAUCUAGUUAAAUGUGCUUUGCCAGAGAGUUCUCCCUUUUAUUUUAUUUUUUGUUUAAAUUAUGAUACCCAUUCAUCAAUUUUUCAAGGAACAAUCUUGAUAACUUAUUUUUAAAUGCUCCUUAGAUGUAAGCCUGCCAUCAUAAACAAAUGUAUGUCAUAGACUGUGUCUCUCUCUCUCCCCACGCCCACCUUUAUAGGUAAAAUAAAAUAUUCUGAAAGAGUCUAUGAUGCUUGUAUGGAAGCUUUUGAUUGCCUUCCUCUUGCUGCACUUCUAAACCAGCAGUUUCUUUGUGUCCAUGGUGGACUCUCUCCAGAAAUAAAUACAAUAGAUGACAUUAGGAGGGUGAGUGUUACUGUGCUAAAGGCAUGGGGAUGUUGGGGUCUUUUGUAAUGGUCUUGACGUGCCACUCUUAAAUGUUAAGCUAAUUCAAUUCUUGUCCUUUGUUAGACAUCAAAUGAAAAUUAACUGCAACCCUAUACAUGCCUGCUAAGAAAUAAGCUGCAUUGAGGCUUAGUCCCCACUGUGACUUAGUUCCUGGUAAGUGUGUAUAGGAUUCCAGCCUAAUCCCCUGAUUUAUGGAGUUUUUCAGUCUGAGAAGGUAAGUGAUAGAUGAAAAAAAACAUAAAGUAAUGAAUAUCCUUUUAUUUCUUUGGUAUGAUUGGAUGUUUGUGAUCUAUAUAGCUUAACACGAGAGUGAAAAUAAUAAAAGAAAAUGGACAUACUGAAAAUGAAGAUCACUGUGGUAUUUUUCAUUGAAACAGCUAGAUAGAUUCAAAGAGCCCCCAGCAUUUGGACCAAUGUGCGACUUGUUGUGGUCAGAUCCCUCUGAAGACUUUGGAAAUGAAAAAUCACAGGAGCAUUUCAGUCACAAUACAGUCAGAGGAUGUUCCUAUUUUUAUAGGUAAAAAAUAAAACUGAUCAAGUUGAUAAAUGAUUGCAUGAAAGCAUUACUUUAUACUCAUAGUUGUUUCAUUUCACAGCUAUCCUGCAGUUUGCGAAUUUUUGCAGAGUAAUAAUUUGUUGUCUAUUAUCAGAGCUCAUGAAGCACAAGAUGCAGGGUAAGUAUCUUGCCCUCCCAUGAUACAAAUAUUCAGUACUCAAAUAUUCAGCUUCACCACUUCCUUUGUGACACAAAGUCAACUGUUCUUAUUUUACAGUUAUAGAAUGUACAGGAAAAGUCAAACGACAGGGUUCCCAUCAUUAAUAACAAUUUUUUCUGCACCUAAUUACUUGGAUGUCUACAAUAAUAAAGGUAAGAGCAUAUUGCUAAGAAAGGUAAAUAUGUAUGAAACAUAAUCUGUCUUUGUUUAAAAACAUUUCUAAACUGCUUAAUAUAUAUUUUUUUAAAUCUCUCGUGGUGUAUGCUAUUUACAAAAAAGAUUAGACAGUAAAACAAAUACAAGAUAAAAGAAAUACAGUGGUAGCUUGGUUUAAGAACAGCUUAGUUUAUGAACAGCUUGGAUUAAGAAUGCUGCAAACCCGGAAGUAAGUGCUUUGGUUUGUAAACUUUGCCUUGGAAUAAGAACAUGUUUUGCUUCCUGUCGAGUGUGUUCCAUUUGUAAAUUGAGUCCCCCACUGCUAUGGGAAAGCACGCCUUGGUUUAAGAGUGCUUUGGUUUAAGAACGGACUUCCGUAACAGAUUAAGUUAGUAAAUGAAGGUACCACUGUAAAACAAUAUAAAAACAUAAAAGCAAGUGAUACAGAAAUUCAGGGGAUUCACGCACAUUAAUCAUGGUCCAGUCUUACAGGUCAGGAAAGCCUAGGCAAAAAGAUGUCCUUACAAGACAUCUGAAGCAACUGGUGGUUGCUGCUUCGUCUAUAGCAGAGUGAAGGUGAUUCCACAGAAAAGGGGGGCAACAGCAGAAAACGUCCAUGUCCACUCAUCCCCCUAUGAUAUUAUGCUGGUUAUGGUUUCACGAGUAGAAUGUUUGAGUAGUUGAAGGGAUGAAUGAAUUGUACAAUAUGUAUGCAAUUGAACACAAACGUUCACAGUAACUUGUAUGAAAGAAUCCAGGAAGUUCUUUAAAAUGCUAUGGUCUGGUUCUGCUUCAUAGAUUCUAUGCCCAGGCACAGGCAAACCUGGCCCUCCAGACGUUUUGGGACUAGAACUCCCAUCAUCCCUAGCUAAAAGGACCAGAGAUGAUGGGAGCUGUAGUCCCAAAACAUCUGGAGGGCCGAGUUUGCCUAUGACUGUUCUAUGCAGUGCUCCACACGGUCUGCAGAGGCACAUUCCCAUAUGCAGAACCAUCUGGAAACCUCUGGAAGAUUAGAAGAACUGAAGUGCAGAUACAGUUAUAUUUCAUUACAUUUCCACUCAGGGUAAUUUCUCUCACACACAUGGCCACAGCAGAAAUGGUCCUCUCUUUAUAGAGCUGCUUAAACGUUUGCCAUAAGUUUGUUCGAUAUCUCUCCAAUAUUCAGUUGUUUCUCUUUAAUCAAAAUUUUGCACCAUGGAGAGAGAGAGCUUUAUUUUUUUAAUGCCAUAAGUGCAGCGUCUACAUUCCAAAAUCAGGCGUUCAUGGCUCCUGCCUUACAUGGUUGAGUGAGAGCCUGGUCAUGGAAAUCUGCAAGUACUUUCAGAAACCCAGUGAAAGAAUUUGCAAAUUAAAGGCUCAGUACCUCCCAAGUCACUAUGUGAAAGAAGCCCCUCAAGACAUACUUCAUCAUACCAGUUCUCCUGUAUUCCUAGGUGGAACUUCUCUGUAGGCUUCUGCCUCCCACACUUCAUUAUGUUCUGGCCCCUUUCCUGCUGUUUCUUCAAUAUCUGACCUGAGUCACCUAUAUCUGGCUCCUUGUCACCUGCUGAUCCAGAGUGCAACCCUUAAUGCCAGUAAAGCCUUCUGGUUCCAAAUCUUCACCUAAGAAUUAGAACUUUGGAUAUUGAACUACCAAUGCAUUGUCUUCAGUGCUUAGAUUCUGAAGUGGGGGGUUAUUGGGUUGUUGUUUUGAUUUUGAUUAUAUAUUUUGUGGUUUUAUAUUCUGAUUUUGUGCUGUGAACCACCCUGAGACCUCCAGUUAUAGGGCAGUAUAUAAAUUCAAUAAAUAAAUUAACAAAAUUAUAAAUCCUCAGCUCCUGAGCAUUUCAAAAUUGAUUGCAAUAUUUAAUCCUUCAGUGGUUAUUAAGGUUAGUUCUACCUUCUAGUCAGGUCUCAGGGGGUGGGAAUCAAACUCAUAGCCCUCAUGUAACUGACACUCUCCAACUCAGUUCCAACAGAUGAGAACGAGUGGGGAGAAUGAGGACAUUAUGCUCACAUUGCAGGUUGGACAAAGCCAGAGUUGUUUCCUUCUGUUACAGCGUAGGACACACAGAGACAGACAGACAGAGUGAUGGAGGGCAGCGGGUUGACAAUAACUUGUAAUGUAAUUCACUAUUGUCCCUAUAUUGCAGGUUAUGGUGGGGGUUACCACAAAUUGUGUUGUGUUCUCCAGAUUUCAGAUGAGGGCGCAAGCUGCUUAAUAGUAGCUUACAACAAGUCUCUUUAAUGGAAAUUGUGUAUCACAGAUACAAGCCCCCAUUGCAGUACUACAGAGUGUACAUGUGUUAUCAAGAUGCAGGUAGUUACACAGGAUAUGCAUUUCAAGUCUAAAUCACCCGAAGCGCAUCCACAUUGAAAACAAGACAGCACAGGAAGAAAUAACUCCUACAAAAAAUACCUCAGGUAAAUCUCUAACCAUCUCCUUUGCACCACCAGCAGCGCACUGGAAGCCAGCCCUCAGUUAAAAGUAGACUCAUUGUGCUUCACUUACAUGCAGACACUUGCUUUUACCCCAUCCUACAAUGUAGAAUAGAGAUCCCGAAUAGGAAAGCAGAGUGUGACUAGCCCUCUGGAAACAACCGGCUUCACUAACCUCACCCAAUGCAUAGAAUUCUAUAAUAUGUGGGAUGAGGGGCCAGUGUUCCUAAUCUUCUACACCUUUCUAAAAGGUCACUACUGUAUAUGUGUGACUUCACAGAAAACUGACUUAUAAGAACAGGUUACAGAUAAGCAACUCUGUAUUCACUCUCUAUUGCCUUCGGAAAGUGGGACUAACACUGUCUGAAGUGAGAUCAAGCUUGCACUGGAGGCAGCAAUUGUGUGAGCCAGUGCCUCUAUGAGUGGAGCUCAGUUGUGGCCGAGCAUUGACCCUGUGCAUUCCUGAGGUGAUGGUGAGAUGUGAGAAACAUUUUUUAAAAGGAGGAAAGGGAAACUAAGGAAAUAAAUAACAACCUCCCCCCCCCCCCCCCAAAAAAUGAUGGGGUGAAAAGAAGGUUCCCUCAGAAUGGAUCCAAAGAAACAUUAGUGGGAAGAAAUAGGAAUAAUAUGAGGGUUUCAAAAGCAAGGAAAUAGCUAAUAUGAAAACAGUGCUGUAUAUUUUUGAAAUAAUUCUCAAAAGGACUCAAAACUGAUGGAGAUGCUGUAUUUCAUAUAGAUGGAAAUGGAGAGCAAGUGUCUGGGGCACUGAAGAAACAAUAAUAGGGCCUGGCUUUAGAGAAUGCUCACGUGAGAGUUUUGCUGUGACAAUGGAAAUACAAGGAUGGAGCCUCAGUGUUGAGAGAGAGAAAAGGCAGCAGGUUUAAUUCUUCUUUGAGCAAAUGUCACACAGCAUCAUGUAUGUGUGUGGCUGUCUGGGAAACACUUUCCAGGCAGUGUCAGGAGUUUACAGGAGAGACAUCCCCACAUCUCCUAGCACCCAAGACAACCAGGUUAUAUACUGGGAGUGGGGAACAAGAACUUUCUAUUUUCUGUCUUUCUAAGGGGAGCAGAAGUGCACAGAUAUCAGUGUACCUGGCAUCUGCUUAUACAUCUGUUCACUAGUGGUGUGAUCCCUUCCCUGUUGGAUGGAGGGGAAUGUUCCCUCCUGCUUGCCAUCACUUCAGACUUCUGCAUUUAUACUCUUCCUCUAGGGAGGUGGCUUGGUUUUUAUGCUCUUCAGCACACUAAUUCCUUGAGUAACUAAGGGUGAUCUUGGUAGGAGUGGGAAGUAAAGUAGGGUAGCCUUAAAGUGCUCUGGUAUAAAUCUCCACACAUCUAGGGCAGAUGACCACUUUCUACUGAGCUUUGGAGCAUUGCACAUGGCUGCUCUCGGAAUAAAAGUUAUUUUGUUUAUUAAAAUAUUUCUGUCUUGCCUUUCAGCCCCAAGUUAGUUCAGUCUCAGAUUAAAGCAAAAUACAGUAUAAACCACAAAGGGAAAACAGAGCUAGAAGACUUGUUCUUGUUAAUAUUUUGAUUAUGUAUUCUGUGUUUUUAUAUCAUGAUUUGAUCCUGUGAACUGCCCUGAGACCUGGGGUAUAGGGCAGUAUGUAAAUUUCUUAAAUAAUAAUAAAAGACCGAGCUUACUACUAAAAUAUAUGUGCAGCAGGAGGGGAAGGGGGGAAAUCAAAACCUCAGCAAAACAAGAUAUAUCUACAGAAUGUUGGAAAGUGUUUUGAGAUUGGCCUCCCAAAGUAACAAUUCCCACAGCCUUGGUGCUGAAACAGAAACCGCUGAUGAUAAAGAGAUGCAGGGCGAGUCCUCAGAUGAGAAUCACAGUGGGUAGACAGGCUUAUGUGGAAGAAGGCGAUCCUUCUAACAGCUUGUUCCCAAAAUGUUAUACGUAAUAAUAAGCACUUGAAUUCUUUCUGCUGGAACAAAAUUAACAGUACAGUGGUACCUCUGGAUGUGAACGGGAUCUGUUCCGGAGCCCCGUUCGCAUCCUAAAGUGAAGGCAACCCGCGUGUGAGCGGGUCACGAUUCGCCGCUUCUGCGCAUGCACGUGACGUCAUUUUGAGCGCAUGCACAGAGCGCAACCUGAAAACACUCAACCGGAAGCUACUUCAACCCGAGAUAUGACUGUAUCAGAAUGAAUAUGCUCUGAAAAGCCACCAUAUUUUGCACCACCUAAAGUCUCCAAACACAUUUAAGAGACUGUGUUCCAUAGGGUGCAUUUCAUUACUCUCAUCUGAAUGUGACCAAGAUAGUGCAAUUUGCAUUCCUGAAUUAUAUUUGAGUCAGAUAUAUAGACACGUGUCACAUAGACACGAUGUAGUAGCAGCGGCAGCGGCAAUGGCAACGGCACUAUUUUGUGAGAGUCCUAAAGGACAACUGCAGCUAGUCAUUCCAACGUACCUACCUCUUCAGGGCAGAAGGAGUGUUUCAUUACUCAGGAAGAGACAUCUAUGUUAGUGAAUCUGAUGCCAUCACUCAGUUUCCUUAUCUUUCCCACCUUCACGUUAGCUAAAACCAGUUGGCAAGGCCACAGUUGUUCCGGAUGAGAAAGAAGCACAAAGGUCUCUCAGUAUACCCUGAUACAGUGGUGGUAAAACCUCAAGUCUGAUCAUCUUGUGCAGAAUGAGAAUUUGACUCAUCUAAAGCUUUAACUGGCUUUCCUUCCAGCAUCUGCAACUUUCAGAGAGAGCACUCAUCUAUCUUUGGAAAUUCCUGCUAUGUCCAAGAUGACACUAGCUUGAUAUUCUGUGUUGCUGCUGCUUGUUAGAGGCCAUAUUUGAUUACAUCCUGCAAGUUCCACUGUGUGCCUACUAUGGUUGUGGUUGAAUAGUUACAGGGGCUGUUUAAGCAUAAUGCCAAAUGCUCUCCUCUUGUGCUCUGAAAUUAGUAACUCCUAGUCCUUGUUUGUGACAGUUGUUUAUUAUUUUGUUCAAACAAACCAAUUCAUGGUUUGUGUUUGCUUGCUAGCCAGGCUCACAAACUAAGGGGCUUGUGCCUGCUUAAACUCGCAUAUGAAUAGCCCGAUAGAAUCUACAAUUCACACAACUGUUGGCUGUUUAAAAAAUGUCAAACAACCCUUAGGUGUUGGAAUGAAUGUGCUAGCUGAAAGGUUUGCAAUUAUUAUUGAUUGCUUGAUACAUAAUUUCAGCUAAUCACUAAAACUUUUUUACAGCUGCUGUAUUGAAAUAUGAAAAUAAUGUUAUGAAUAUUCGGCAGUUCAACUGUUCACCGCAUCCUUAUUGGUUGCCAAAUUUUAUGGAUGUCUUCACAUGGUCUUUGCCAUUUGUUGGAGAAAAAGGUACGUCAUAUGGCAUAAAAACAGGUUGUCACUCAAACAUUUGCCACUUAUCUAGUGCUACAUUUAUAUUGAUAGCUUGUGUGUAUCUGUGUGGCCAGAUAAAACCUGCCUGUAGCCCACCAAUUCAGACACCGCCUACAAACUGUAUUUUUGCCCAUUGUUUGAUAUUCACUUUGGUUUUUGUUUAUUUUUGUUUUUUGUUUUGUUUUGUUUGUUUUUUGUUUUGGUUUUUGUUUCAGGCAGGUAGCUAAAUUACAAUGCUUGUUGUUCCAGGCAGGUAGCUAAAUGCGAUGCUUGUUGAGCCCCGCUGAGUUGCCAUGUUUGACUGUUAGGUGGGUUCAGCAUAGUACGUUACACACAGUACUAUAGUUGUGCUUUACAUUGUUGGGCUGCAGAUUUUUAUUUAUGUAUGUAAAACAGACAUUUCUGUUAAGAGUCAGCAGCCAUCAAUAUACUGCACAAGCACUUCCCGUUUUAGUCGCAGCUGAUAUGCAUGCAAUCACGCACAGCAGUGAACCCAGAAGUAACUUGGAAAUGUCAUAAAAAGUGUCAUUAGAAGGGCAGGAUGGGGUGGAGUAGGGUGGAAUGAGGCAGAACGGGGUGCUUGCAGGCUGUUUAAAUUGCAUGUGAUUUCACACAAUCUGGAACGCAGCCCCUGCUGGGAGCAAGGACUGAUGCCUUCAUGCCCUGUUUGUGAGCUCUCUAAUGGCACCAAUUGUUCUUAAUUUCUAAGAACAGCAGUGCUGUUCUUUUAUUAAAUGACUUACAGUGAAGGACUGGAAGUUGACCUAUUUAGCUUUUCAUAUAAUUUUGUUGUUUCCCUCCAAUGUAUUUUGCAUUUUAAUAGUAUUGUAGAAUUUUAAACUAUUCAGCUUAUAAUAAGUAUUAUGAUGUGUUGGAUUGUUUUUUUAUUUUAUUUAGUGACAGAAAUGCUGGUGAACGUUCUGAGUAUUUGUUCUGAUGAUGAACUGAUGACUGAGGGUGAAGAUCAAUUUGACGGUAAGGCUACUUUUAUGACUUACGGGUCUGUACUGUGAAUUCCUGAAAGAUUUUAUUCUGUGCAUAAUUUGUGAACUUCUGAGGAAUGCUAUUAGAUUUUUAAAAGAGAGUCUUCAAAUGAUUCUGGUAUAUUAAGAAUUGAAAACUUGGUGUGCCUAUAUUUUCUGUAUUAAAAUUCUUCAUGUAAAAUAUUUAUUCCAUUGCAUAGAAUAAAAAGACACGAGACCUGCUCCUUCAUUGUCUCCCCCUGCAACACACGCGCGCACACACACACACACACACACACACACACGAUUGCCAUCAUGCAAGGGGCAGAGUAGGGAUGAACUAUUUGGCGCCAACACUUCCUACACACCCCCAACAUAUUGAGGGCUAAAUCUCUUCAGUAGGGAACUUGACUAGGCUCCCUUGGGCAAUCUAGAACCCUGACUUAGGGGCUAAAUCAUAAGUGGAGCCUGUGCAAGUAGAAAAGACUCCUUGCUGCCCAAGUUCAGCCCCAAAACUGUGAGGAGAAAGAUGGGAUUGGUAGCAAGGAAAGCUUGUCCGGAGGGGAGAAUGACCGAAUAGGGCUGUAGAUUAUCAAUUAUUUAGCCCAUAUUUCACAUUUCUGCUUCCUGAUACAUGUACUUUAUUAUUACUCAUUGCAAGGAAAGCUAUGAAGUCUGUUUUGUUUAUAGCACUAUAAGUGAAUUUGGUCGAUCUACGGUUCAGUAGCAACAACUUUUACUUAUUUUGACUUUGGGGUGCUUUUUAUACUAUAUUUAACAGUGUUUGUUUGUAUAUUUGUGUUACUUGAAAUUUAUGUCUUUCCUACACUUUAUAUCAUCCUGUCAACACUCACUGAAUACUGAACAGACAUUACAAAUGCUACCAAUAUAUUUUAAAAAUGCACUCAGCAGUAUGCAGUGUUCUAUGAGAGUAGCAGUUUUCCAUUUUUCUUCCUCAUUUUUCUUUUCAACUUCCAUUCUUUAUUAUCACUGCCAAUGUAAAAGCUCUUCCUUUUAGUUUUCCUCACUCACCUUUUUCUCCAUCAUUCACUUUCUUUUUUUCUGGACUCUCCAUCUGAAGAACGAAUCAUAUAUGGCAAUAAAAAAGGUACAGAAAAGACGGAGUAAUAUUGUUUUGAAAUAUGGCUUAUCAAAGUUAUCAAAGUAGAGAACACAUUUAUAUAUUUUCCUUAUAUAAAUGUGUAGUAUUUGUUUUAUUGCCAGUCUUUCUGUGCAUGAAGGGUUUCUCCUCUUUUCCAUUCCCCUUUUGUAGUAGCUUUCAUAUUUUCCCUACUUUUAAUAUCUCUUUUUCUGAUCCUGCAUGUGUAGGAAAGUUUUCAGUUGUCUGCCUUGUUUAUGAUUUUAGUGUAAGCAUUCUACAUUACAAAUGGUGCAUGAAAUGUGAUCUCUGUAAUGUUUCAGUUGCUGUUUGUGCAGUAAUUUUGUUCUCUUCCAGCUAAUAUUUGUAUGAGAAAGCUUUAAAUCACUAUUGUGCUAGUUUCAAGCUGAUGUGUAUAAUAAUAAGUUAGAAUAAUUUAUAUUACUAGAGUAGCUUCUUCCACAAAGGGAAGAACUAACCAGGCCUACAGGGACGCGGGUGGCGCUGUGGGUUAAACCACAGAGCCUAGGGAUUGCCGAUCAGAAGGUCGGCAGUUCAAAUCCCCGCGACGGGGUGAGCUCCUGUUGCUCAGUCCCUGCUCCUGCCAACCUAUCAGUUCAAAAGCACGUCAAAGUGCAAGUAGAUAAAUAGGUACCGCUCCGGCGGGAAGGUAAAUGGCGUUUCCGUGCACUGCUCUGGUUCGUCAGAAGCGGCUUAGUGAUGCUGGCCACAUGACCUGAAAGCUGUACACCGGCUCCCUUGGCCAGUAAAGCGAGAUGAGCGCUGCAACCCCAGAGUCGUCCACGACUAGACCUAAUGGUCAGGGGUCCCUUUUAACCAGGCCUGCAAGCAGAAGUUUGCGCAAAGACUUUCGCUAGCACAACAGGGCUUUCCCUGCACCGUCCUCUCCCCACAAGCCCCCUGUUUUUACCCCUCCCCAUUUGCAUGGAGGAGGUUAGGAUAACUCCCAGAAAGGCACAUGGGAGGCAGGUGAGCAGAGAUUGCUCCAUCAGCAUAAGCAUAAGUGUUUGUACUGAUAGAGCAAUCUGCUUGGUGCUAUGUGGAAUUCCUUGCAGAACUUUCAUUAUGAGCCGAAGUAUAUUUUAAUAGCUUUGAAAGAGCCUGUUACUAAAUAUUGCUGCAGUGUUAUUGCCGCAGAUCCAAAGAACUGUGCAACUUGCUCUACACACGUGACGGAGCUUUCGACUUGUGUUUCAUUAAUGGCCCUCUCCCAGCCUCCCCGUUGCAUGGAAAACCUUUUGGGGGGGGCUUUUUAAAGCUGUGGUAUCACAUAGUGGGGAUGGUUCUAUUGUUUAAAAGUAAAAAUUAAACAUUCCAUGGGGCUUGCCCAAAUCCUUGGGUGCACCAAAUAUAACCCAGACAUGACCUUUAUUGACCAGGCUUUGGGGACAGAUAUUAAACACAAUUAUGAUAAGAAUGUAAAUUAUGCAACCAGUAUGCUGGUAGUGGCAUGUUAGAUUGCCUACUAAGUGUGCAUCUUAAAUAAAGAAGAAAUGUCCCAGUAAUUCUCUAGUCUUCCUUUGAAAACUAUAUUGGAAACUGCUUUUUGUUCCUUAUAUGUCUCCCAGUUGCGCACUGUAUUAAGUACAGUCUUACAGUUCAUUGGUUGAGGAGACAACUUCCAUUCUAGUCUCCUCCCCCCCCCUUCCUGCUUUCUUGUGUUGUUGGUGGGAUUUUUGUUCCUAUCCAUGCCCAGAGCUUAGUAUUUUUUUAAAGGGGCAAUCAUGCAACUGAGUUUCAUAUGUAGUUGAAGCAAGUAGCCUGCAGUACAAAGGUAAAGUAUACAUGCUCUUUGCCUCUGACGCUGCCCACCCCUGGCAGGCUGCCCAGAAGGGAAUGUGGCCCUUGAGCUGAAAGGUCCCGCACCCCUGUCCUACAAUCUUUGUAGACCACAUCCCUGAAGGAAAACCAUGUUCAUGUGUGUGUAUGGGAGUCUAAUCUAAUUUUUCAAACAAAGAAGAGAUACUGUGUUUUUCCGUGUAUAAGACGAGCUUUUUUGACCCAAAAAUGAGGUUCAAAAUUUAGGGUCAUCUUAUACACGGGUAGUGCUGAGGGGGGAUGGGCGAAUGGUUUUUUGGCACGAGCCUGAGAUUGUAAGUGGUGAUUGGCCGCUUGAUUGGUGGGGCGGGGAUGCUGAAAAUCGCUCACCCCCCAGAACGCAGCACACAACUGCCCGUGUCGCUUACAAUCGGCGCUUACAAAAUCAGGUGAGCAAUUUUCAACAUUCCCCUCCCCACACACAAUCAAGCGGUCAAUUGCUGCUUACAAUCUCGGGCUCAUGCUUCGUUCCAGCAGGUGAGCGAUUUUCAGCAUUGACCGCCGGAACGCAGCACACAACCGCUCGCGUCGCAGCUGCCCGAUCACCAACAUUAGCCCUCCUGAUUGCCGCUGCAGCAGCCAAUAGGCAGCUGCCUUUGUUGCAGCAAGCAGGAGCAUGAUUGGCGUCCGCUGGUGGCGAUCGGGAAGCUGAUAGGUGGUUUCUGCUAUCAGCUUCCUGAAAGGAGCAGGUGGUCUGUUUACUGCAUGUGUAGCGAGGAGCGAUGGCAGAGGUGGCCUCCUCCUCGCAAGCCUUGUUGCCUGGCUCCGCGCGAUCGUGUCCUGCCUGUUCCCUAGCCUCCAGCAAAGCAGAGCAGCUCAACAACUCUGCCCCCCCCAAAGAAAGCGAAGUGUGUGUGUUUCUGCCACGAGGGAACAGCUGAUAGGCAGCUUGUUGGAUGCGUGUGGCUGUCAGCGUUUGUCAACUAUUUUCCCUAAAAAAAAGCUCUACAAGUCAGGGCAAUCUCCCCCCACUUUCUAAAUUUGGAGUCCCCAAAAAUAGGGGUUGUCCUAUACAAUGGGGUGUCCAAUACACGGGAACAUACGGUAUCUGCCUGGAAGAAACUUACAAGUGAAACAGCACUUAGGUUGGAAUGAAGUAUACAUGCUAGGAGAGGGGAUGUUAGCUAGCUAAUUGAAUUCAUGAAUCACUUCCCACAACAGAAAGUCCUGAACUGAUUUACAUGAAUAAAACAUAGUGAUUGUGGGAGAUAGAGGGAGAGAUGGAGAUGGAUGAAUAGACAUGCUGUUCAGUGUUCUAGAACACUGUCGAUUUGGAGCACAUUUAGGUUGCCAGUUAGUAAUUUGAAUGCCAGCUAUGGUAUAAGUCCCAUUUAUUCCUUGAAUUUUCUAUUUGUGCUCAGUCAGGUUCAUAACUGUUUAAGAGGUCAGCAGUCAAAAGCCUAAGAAUGAAAUGCCAUCAGUAAACAAUUGGCAGCAAUUAAUAGUCUUGAUAUUUGUCACUUAGUGUUUAGAACUGUUUAAUCUUUUCAGGAUGUUUGGUGAUCUGUGGACUGAAGAGAUUUGUCUGUGAUGAGGCAUCAUUAUUCAAUCACCUUAAGUUCCAGGCUGAAGGAGAACCAUAUGUUAUCACAGUUUUAUUGAUGGUCACAUUGUAUGCAAUUUUUGUUGUGUGCUCCAUUAGCUUGAGACUUUCUUCUUCCAUUGGAAGUAGGUACAGCUGCAGCACGAAAAGAAAUAAUCAGAAACAAAAUCCGUGCAAUUGGCAAGAUGGCAAGAGUCUUCUCUGUUCUCAGGUAAUUACUAUUCUCAACUUGUCUGAUCUGUUUAUAUGGAAAGACUACGUGUUAGCAGCUCCCUACCUGCUCUUACAAUUAAGUGCGACUGUAACUUUUUUAAUAGAUGAGUUAUCUAUUGCUAAUACUGUACUUCUGCUAAACAUUUAUUUAGCACCAAUACUUGUUUUUCAGAAUGUGGAGCUAUCCUAACCCUUUCUCAUGCAGCUGAAUAAUGAGAGCAGAGCAAAGGUGAUGGCAGGAUCAAAGAGUAAAAAAUAAUGGCAAGAAAAGCUGUGCCAAAGAAAUGGGCUCUGAAAGACAGGUGCAAAGGAGGGAAGGGAAAUGAUGUCAUGGGCGCAGUGAAUGGACAACACAAGAAGCAGAAUUUAAAGGCAGCAGGAGUAAGAGACAAGAACAAAGGGAUCUGGUAUUUGGUUUCGCUUAAAAAUAAUAAUCCUGCCACAUCCAAGCUCAGAGUAGCUCCUGACAUAUAAUAUUUUUGAAAGGCAAGAAGAUGCCAAAGAUGUACAGUCGUACCUUGGAAGUUGAAUGGAAUCCAUUCUGGAAGUCCGUUCGACUUCCAAAAUGUUUGGAAACCAAAGCGCGGUUUCUGAUUGGCUGCAGGAAGGUGCUGCAGCCAAUUGGAAGCCACAGAAGCCCCGUCAGACAUUUGGGUUCCAGUGAACGUUUGCAAACCAGAACAUUCACUUCUGGGUUUGCAGCGUUCAGGAGCCAAAACGUCCAAGUACCAAGGUGUUCAGGAUCCAAGGUACGACUGUACAUAUAAUGGGAGGAGGAAAUGCCUUUCUUUCCUUCCUAAACACCAGGGAGCAGGGCUGGCAGACCUCUCCUGAGAUUGUGUUCCCCAGACUUCACCUUCCUCUCGCUAUUCUAAAUCACACCCUCCCUGCUAUUUUCACUUGCAGUAUUACAUUUCCUGGUUCUUCAGUGUUAGGUAGGAGACAGUGGAUUUGGGGAAUAAGAAGAGCUCAGGCAAGGACCUGCAUGCAAGUCUGAAGUAUAUUGGGUAUGAAGACCUCUUUGGGUAAAACAGUUUCCCCCCUCCCCUUUUUUGUCUCCUAAAUUCAGGGAAGAGAGUGAAAGUGUACUGACACUCAAGGGUUUGACUCCCACUGGAAUGUUACCUAGUGGAGUAUUGGCUGGAGGACGCCAGACCUUGCAAAGUGGUAAUGAUGUUAUGCAACUUGCUGUGCCUCAGAUGGAAUGGGGCACAUCUCACUCUUUCGCUAACACCACACACAGUGCAUGCAGGGAAUUCCUUAUGCUUUUCAGUUCUUGUCUUAGCGGCUGAUGAUAAAGCAUAACUUUAUGUAUUAAUCAGGCAAUGUAAAAUCAGUAUUUAACCAGGGUAUUAAACAAAAAGCAAACAGUAUUAGUCACGCUGUGCUAAUCUUUGUCUGUCGUUGAGCUUUCCUUGAUAGAGCAUUUCAGAUAGCAAGAUUAUUUAUGAACUGGGAAAAGAUUGACAGGGUAGGUCAGAAAAUUAAAGAGACACCGUUAUUUCAUCAGAUAUCACAAAUGGCCUUAUUCUUUAUUCCUGCAGUUUUAUUACAGACGUUAAUCUGUUUAGUAAAUGCCAGUUGCCUUUUAGUAUUGAUAGCUACAAGUUUCCAAGCUCAAUUUUGCAUUCCACAGAUGGAAAAUGUGCUUUGUUUCGUACCCUGGUGAUCGAUGCCAAAGUUUGUUCCUUCAUGUUGUUUGUCAAAUGUUCUGUGUAAUACUACUUGACUUCCCUGAAUUGUCCUUGUAAGUUGCUAUUUCCUUCCUCUGCAGAUGUAGCUGCUUUUUUUAGAUCUGUCUGUCUUUCUCUAGGUAUCGCUGUAUGUCUGUAUAAGUGUGUAAAAAAAUUAAAUCACUAUCUCAGACACUUGUCUGUCUCUUGAUGUACAAGCAACUUCGUAGCACCUUAUUUUUGAGGUUGGCUGCAUUUGACGCUGCACCCGAUGCAUUCUGAUGGCUAAUGUAACUGAAAAAUAACCAAUAGCUGUUAUAAAAUCCAAUUGAGAAUAAAGGGGCUAAAUGAAAACCUUGUAAAUAAGUCAGACUCAAAGGGUGUUUAAGUGUGCUUAUAUUUUUUGCAUGAAAAUAAAAAGAAAAUACACCUGUAAUCUGGCUCAUUGAAUACUUUAUAAAAGUUGAUGGAUUAGUUGUUGCCAGAAGAAUAUUGUGAGAUUCUUUUUUCUUUUUUAAUUUCUUGUGACUAUAUAGUUCAUUUUUUUGUAAUGGAUGUCAAGAAAGAAAGUGGGCGUCAUAACAUUCCUGAGCUUUAUUAACAGAAAACAUUUUAGUUUUCUGUGUCGAUAUUUCUGUAAUAUCUGAGUUCAAUUUUACAGCACAUGUUUUUUCUUGUCUGUCAAAAAAAAUUUUUUGCCACCUAAUGUAAUCAAAAUUCAACAUUUUAAUGUAAAUUUGUGAAACUUUUCUGGUACUGUGUCAGUCUAAAAUAUUUUUUGUUUGAGUUAACACCUUUUAAUAUUAUUUAAACUGUUUUAUUUACUAUCAUUAUCCUCUUGGAGCAUAUAAUGUCUCCAAGUUCACUUUUCAUAAGUCCUUAUAUAUGUAUGUAUGUGAUCUGUGAAUGUCUGUAAUAGCAAAUGGUGUGUAUGUUCCUUGUAUCAUCAGAUUUCCCCCUCUAAAUGUUACUUUCAGUGUGUAUAUUCACUACCCAGCUUGCAUAUUGUAGUUUUCUCAGCACUAUGUAAGCUGUAGAGAAUUGGAACAUACGCAUUUGAUCGGACUUGAUAAUGUUGUCUCAUGUUUGUUUUAAAACAAGACAAGUGGACCUGACAUAUAACAUCAAUCAAAAAAUUUAAUUUCAGCAUGACCACAACUUAGAAUUUUAACUAACUUUACUCCUUUGGGAGCCUCAAAUGGCAACAGUUUAACAGAAAUGUUGUGAAUACAGUAGAUUUUUAAGGUGCUCACACAAUUUCUACUGCUGUUGAUAGGGUAAACCAGAUGAUUCCUGUUGCAAGUUAGAUAUUUCUAAUGUUUAAUAGAAAGUUGUAACACAAAUCUUUCAUCACUUACAACAAUGAAAUGUUACAGUAAUUUGGACAAAUAGAAAACUGGCAUUCAGGAGUCAUUUUGUUUUCCAAAGGAGUAAUGCCAUAGUGUUGUCUACAUUAAAAUUAAUGUAGUAGCAAUAUAAAUCAAAUGGCUUCUUGUGAUGAAAGAUUUGACUGAGCACCAUUGCUUUUAUCCUAUAUUUUAUUUUAUUUUUUUGUAAAAGCAGCUGCAUCUUAUGGGUGAAGCUGUUGGGAGUGGGCAUCCAGCCCUUAAUAGCCUGACAUUUCCAUUCUUUAAUUCAGGUAAUCUUUCAGAACUAUGAGGUACAAAUGAAAUACAACAUCGAGAUAUUUGAGUUUUGGUAUCUCUUUUGCUAGAGGGGGGAAAAACCCUUCCAUAAAUGGGAUUAGCAUUUCAGAGAAGCUAAUUCAGCUCACUAAUUUACCGGUAGUUUGUGCCAGACCUGAUGCAAGUUAAGUAAUUUCAUCAUGUUUGGUUGGAAUUACAUGCUUAAAACGGUAUCUCUGAUUGUGCUGGUAUGUGUGUGUUCUUGCAUCCCACAAUCACCUCCCUUUGCACUGUUGUUGUAGACUAGGAUUUAACCAUCUUACACACUUGUAGAUGGACUGGUCUCGUAGUAAGUAGUAAGAUGGUUGAAGGUGAACUCUGUGAGGUAGUAACUGCAUUUCCAAACCAGCACCCUGAUAAGUGCACUGUUGCUGCUGCUGUAUUGCUUGCCAUAGGAGGAAAAAUUACUUGAAGAAAAAGGCAAAUGUUUCCCUGUCUUCCUUGACUAGACUGAAUUAUUUUUAAAAGACAGCAACCUUUAUGUCACUGGUUUUCAGUGACCUGGGUUGUGGUGCAAUGGGAUUCAGAAAAAAUAAGAUAUUGUCUCUUGAGUUUGAAGGGAGCCCAGUAAGAACAAUCCAGGCUUUGCCUACAAACUAAUGCUGUGGCCCUCUUGCUAUGUUCACACGGAACGAUAAACUGUUUUACCAUUACAAGAAGGAGCCUAGUCAACCUUGUGCUCUUCUCUGCCACGUUUACAACAGCCACAAGGAGGAGAUUGGAAUCUUCAGCUUCAGUUGUCAAUUAACCACAGUUUAGGGAUAACAUUUCACCUGAACUGUUCAUAAACCACAGUUUGAAAUUGGCUUGUUUCAGUAAACCACAGUUAGCACCAACUGCAGUUUAUCCAGUUUCAAAUGUAACAUGAAACUGCAGCUAGUCAAAAACAGAAUCAGAAGCUUCUGAUGUUUCUUCACAGCCAAUCCUAUAGGAGAAGAGAGGAACAAAGAAGCUCACUGCCUGUCUAGGUUUAUUCCUACAAUAAUAAACUGUAGUCUGUUGUUGCAUCCAAACUCAAUAGGGCUUUUUCAGUCCCAUUUCCAGAUCCAGGAGUAUGGCAAGCUGCUUUUGAAACUCAAGUGGGUUUCUUAAGAAAUUUUAAGUUGGCUUUUGUGUUAAAGGAGAGUUUUAUUAGAGUCACUUGGGAUAUGAGUUUGGUUAUUCCUGAAAGAGGUGAAAUUAGUUUCUUCAUUGUUUUUUAUUAGUCCACUUCUGUUCCUGCGGUAUCUUGGGAGAUUUCUACCCCCCCAAAAAAAAGCCUGAUUAAAAAAUACAGCAGUGUUUGGGGGUUUUUUUUAAUGCACAUAAAACACAUUUUGAAGCAAAGCUUUAUCACUGUAACUUCUAACAAUAUAUGCCAAAACAAAUGUUUCAUUGUAUUUCAAAGAAUACAGUUCUGCACUUAAAUGACAAACUGACGAUAUAAAACUUGAGAAUUAUAGGUUGGCUUCAGCGUCUUUAUCAAUGGUUUCAUUGUGGGUGAGUUUGUAGGUAAUUCUGUAAACACAAUAUUGAUCUGAAAGACCUUGUUGUCCAUAACUCCUCCAGUUUCCACUCCUCUAUAUUCAUUUGUAAAUUUUGUUCCCACCUAUUUCUUAAUCCUACCCUACUGAUGGUAAACGCAGAAGAGGAACUUUUUUGAUGGUAAUAAGAGAUCAUUGCUUUAUAGAACAGGUAUUUGUCCUCUAAGAUCUUACUGAGCUAAUGGCAUGGGUCACUGCUUUUUCAAUUGUCAUGGUGCGUACACAGAGAUGUUUGAAUAUUUCAUCUCUCCAAAGAAAAUUACAAAGAAAAACAGUUAAUUCUUGAUGAUGUGACCAUCAGUUUGUUUUACCUUGGCUAUCAGUGAAGGGUCUUUACAUUCCUUCUCAUGUGAAAUAGUGUUAGUCUGUUCAUAAGCAUAUUAGAAAAUGUGCAGAAGAAUAUCCAAAGUUUUAUUUUUUUCAUAGCUACUUUAAACAGUAGCGGGUUCACAUCCGUUUUUAAAAUCUGGGGAUUCCCGUUAUUAACUGCAGCUCACCUACAAACAUGCAGACUUUUCAUCUUCUAAGUUUGCAUGGCAACUGGUUACAUUUUUAAAAAAUAUCAUCAUUGUAUGUAAAGCAGCAGUUACUCAUGAUGAUGAUAAGAAACGUUCCUUUCUCAAAUUCUUGUGUUUGACUCAGGAAUAAAAUACUUGAUAUUUUAUUGCAUGUUGGUAUUGUGGACUAAUGAAGAAAGUCCUCCCGAAACAUUACAAACGGUCCCUUUCAGCCCUUUCCAUGUUGUUGGGAACUCAUAUUAACCUGUGGUUUCUUUAAAAAUAAAUAAAUAAAUAAAUAAAUAAAUAAAUAAAUAAAUAAAUAAAAGUAUCAAAGCCAAAAAAGCAAGGAAAUUUUUAUUUUCAAAAAGGACUUCUUAAAUCAACCUUCAGCUAGUAUAAUAUUAAUCAUAUUUUUUUCUGCUAUGUGAUAUUACACUCUUCAUCUUUCUCAUUCAUUUUGCAUGCAUCUACUCACUUCUGUACAGCCACAGUAGAGGCAAUUGAGGCUGAAAAAGGUAUGGUCUCAGUGUCUUUGCUACUGGCAGGGAUUGGGGUCUGGGAGGGAUUUAGAAGUCUGUUCUGCUCUUUCAACUUGCACAACCAGAGAUGAAUCAAUACACUGAUUCAUUUGUUGUUAUCUGUAGCAUUUUGUCUUGUCUUGAGGAUGACUUGCCUUUCGCUUUUGGGGUGAUUUGAUUUUUCUGACUGUGGAAUAGGGAUGUGUUUUCUUUCGUUAGCAUAAUAGCAUGCUAUGUUUAUGUCCCCUCUUUUAGUUGACAUACUUUCUCUGGUGAUAAUGGAUUUUAAAUGACUCCAAUCCAGCAGGCCACUUUUAAGUAUAUGCAUGGCUUGAACACUCAAAUUGAGCUUUUCAUAUUUGCUAGCCCCCCCCACCCCUGCACCCAAUAUUUUGAAUGUGACUUCUCAACAAUACAUCAUAGCCAUGAGUUUCAAAAGUAGUUUCUGGUGCCAUACAAUAAUGCAGCCCUCCUCUCUUCCACUGUGCGCAGAUAGCUUCCCAUAUGGUUUUCUGGAUUGAAGUCUGUGUCUUUUCGUUUCUUUCUCAUAACCCAUCUGGUAGUGCAAGAUUUAGUUUUAUAAAGGUGUUUUUAUAAUGUGUAGUAUUCAUUUGUGAACAUUAAGUGCCAGGAAGCUGGCAAAAUAUAAAAUGUUAUCUUUGGAUGAGAGCCGAAUAAUAAUUUAGACAUGGCCAAUGGCUUGCCUUAUUUCCAGAGACGCGUCUUAUUUUGGAACGGCAACCUUUCAUGCCAUGUCACUGCUUUGGCAACUCUGCUCAGAUUGCUUGGGUGGUGUGGGUAAAGGUUCCUGAAGUCUUCUUUGGAUCCUAGCCUUGAUAGCCACUAUCCAUGACAACUUUUAUAUCCCGUCUUUGUCAGGCCAUUGCUUUACUAUAAGCGACAAAGUAUGUAUAUGUGCACAAAUGAGCUACCACGUUUGCAGACUAAUCUGUAAGGCUGGUGCAUAUGCUGCUUUUCAAAUGUGUGCCAAGUCUAAAGACUUGGACUAUACUUAUUAGUGGCUCAGCAUCUCCUUAAAAAUCUUCAGAGGAACUUGCCAGGCCAGCAAGCUCCCUAAUGGUUCAAGCACCAUAUUUAUACAUCACUGUUGAUGAUUAGUUACAUUUGCAGGGUGGGAUUGUCUUGGUGGUGGAAAAUGGAGUAAGAUCCUUGGCACCAUUGUACAGAACUCUAGUUUCUAUAGCAGUGUGUGCACAUGUCAUUGUUCUUCAAAACUGAAAAAUUUUCUUAUUAUCAGUGUUCAAAAUAAAAUGGGCUCCUGCCUGAUGUGUAAGGUGAUCUGUUGAAGUCUAGGUACCAUCCUUAUUUUAAGGUGGCUUCCAAGGCUGUUGUGAUUAUUCUCACAUGUUUAGCCUAGGUAUUCACAGUCAUAUCUUGCAUCGCUGCCAACUUUAGUUUUUGUGUUCUCAUAAGUGAUGUUUGGAAUGCCUAGCGGCCUUAAGCAAAAAUUGGUAUGAUAUACUGAAGAAGAAAAGUCAGAGAGGCUGUACAACUCUGCUCACUUUUUACAAGAGAAGUGUAAAUACAUAAAAUCACAUUUAAUCUAACUUACUGGUUUUGUGGGUGUUUCCCCCCUUUUUCUUUUUUACAUUUUGAUAUUUCUUAGAAGUUACUAAGAAUGCGCAGAGCUUUUUCCCAUUACUGACAUGUCUAAUUUGCAUUUUGUUAAGCAAUACGAGGAUUCUCUCCACAACAUAAAAUCUGCAGUUUUGAAGAGGCAAAAGGACUGGAUAGGAUCAAUGAGCGAAUGCCACCAAGGAAAGAUGCUCUUCUUCAGGGUGGCAUUAAUUCUGUGAAUGCAACAAAUGCCAACGGAAACAAUGGUGCUGGCAACAACAAUGCACAGUGACCAUCGCAUCUGCUUACUUACGUAAUAAUUCGUUGAGGACUGCUUCUUGAAAAGACAGUAGCCAAAACAUCCCAGGGAGAUGCAGUCCGCACGCUUUACCCGGAGCGAAAUCACAACUUGAUCUUACCGAAGAGAAGCCAUGAUGCUUUGGAGAUGACAGCCACUCUUCUAAAAGUGACAGCAUGAAUAUUAACAGUGCAUAUUUGGAACUCACUUUGUGGAGAGAGAUCCAGGGUCAAGCUUCUGCUGUUAUCACUAUAGACUUAGCAUGUUACUUUUUUUAUCAUUGUCAACACUUUUUAUGUUUACAGAAUGGGAUUGUAGAGCUAGGUGGUGGGUUUGUGAGGUGGUUUUCUUUUGUUUUUAAAUCGGACGUUCUAAUGCAUCCGUAUUUAUUUAAUGGUCUUAUGAACUGUCUUUAAAUGAUAGUUUUACAGUGGUCUUAAAAUAUAAAUCUGAGGCUGCAGACAUGUCUGUGUUUUAAAUAAGUGAGGAAGAAAUGCCAAAAAUCUUAGUAAUUAUGUAAAUUUCUGGUCUUGGGUAUACUCCUGUUGCUAAUUCUGUAUAAUGUUCAACAUAUUAUUUUUAGUUAAAACUUAUCAGAAGAUUUCUAUAUAAAAAUGUUUAUUACUUGAACCAUAGCUUUUGAAAAAUAUUUUAAUUUAGAAACUUUUUUGCCCAACUUUUUGAGACUUUCCCCACACUUGAAUGUUAAAAGAACUAUUAACAGUAUAAAAAAAAAAAGUUUAAAAUUAAGGUACUUUGUGCAUUACGUUUCAAGUAAAUUUGAUUCAUAUCAGAUCUGUAAAGCUUGGCUUUGUAUUUUCUGUAUGCAUGUUUUAAUUUUGCAGAUAUUUAAUAUAUAGACCUAGGGUGUACAGGAGAAAACAUCCUAUAGGUUAUGCAGCACAGCUGUUAUGGGUAUUUUUAGUUUAUUGUAUUAAAGUUGCUUAAAUAGUUAAUAAUUGUUGGGCUGAGUUGCUGCAAGUGUGUUCUUUUAAUUCUGUUUGGUUGUUUUUGUUUUUGUUUUGAACUUUUGGCCAUACAAUGCAUAAUUACUCUGGACAUUAUGAUGUUAGUGAAGAUAUAAAAUCAAGAUGCAUGUUAUGUUUUUGAUAGCUGGACUGUUCGGUUAAAAUAAAAUCAAACCAUGUGUUGAUCUAACGAAUGAGGAACUGUAGUUAAAUUCUCCCAACAUUUUGUUACUUACCUUUCUUAUUCUGUGGGAAGCUGUUGGAAUCUUACGGCAAUGGAUUUCACCUGCAGUGUAUUUGCCACAAAGUGGAACUUGUGUGUGGCCCUAAGUUGGCUAUUUGAUGCAUGUUUUAAACCAUUCAAGUAUUUUAUAAUAAGAAGCGCACAAUAAAGUUUGUGCAUGGGCCUCAGCUCGGA